AUGCAGUCUCUCCUCUCUCUCCCUUCCUUCUCGCCUUUUCUCGAAAGGUACCUCGGCGAGACGCCCGAGUGGGAGUUUAUCGCCCGCGACGAUGAACACCUCUUGCCGUUCAAGGUGCACCGCGACAGGCUGAGCAAACAGAGGGCCAGCAUGGCGCACAUGAAUCCCAAGCGGACGGGUGUGCUGCUGGACUUCGGCACCGGCACCUCCUUCGCGAGCUUUGCGGAGCUGUGGAACUACCUCCGGCACAACGGCUGGGCCACCCUCCCCGGCAAGGGCCUAGCCUCGUGGCACUACUUCCCCCCCGGCUCCGACCCCAAGAUGCGCCACCCCGUCCUUCGGCGUGACUUCUUCGACUCGGAGGACGCCGUGAUCGACCACGUCCGCCGGACCGGCCUGGAGAGGCCUGCCCCCGUCGGGACGGUGAUCGGGAGAUCCAGCCCUGGUUCGACCUCACGCCCCGGCAGCACCAGAGUAUCCGAUGCCCGGCGGUCGCCACCGCCAACGGCGCCGACGCAGGCUGACCCUGGAAAGCCUGCCAGCGGCAAGAGAAAGCCCUCUUCGCGCAGCGGCGCAGCGGUGGCACCAACCCCCCCGCCUCCCUCGCGCUCUCCUGCGCCUCAAGAAACCACCGCCGCUGCCGCCGCCGCCGCCGCCAUUGCUGCCUCCGCUCCGUCCCCUGCUGCACCGCCCUCCAAGAGUGUGACUGAUGGCGGCGGCGGCGGCGGCGCGAUCACCGGAAGCACUACCACCAACGGCACCGUGGCGGCAGCGGCGGCGAGGAAUGCAGGGGGCGCCGCUGAUGGGAGGCACGGGGGGGGAGGUGACGGUGCGGCAGAACCCGAUGAUGUUGGCGGUGUCGAGGAGUGGAGCGGGAGCGGAAACAUUAGCUCUGAUGAUGACUCCCUGGUGGUAAUGGAUAAGAAAGAAGAGGACGGGGAGAAGGGGGAGGGUGCCGUCCCGUCCGGCGGCGGCGAGGCCCGACGGGGACGACCGCAGCAGGGCGGCAGGGAUACGGAGCCGAGCGCUGUCGGGGGCAAGCGUAGCCACGGGAAGACGAUGCAGGUCGAGGCCGCGCUGGUCUCGCCUCCGCGCGGGUCGGCGCCGAACCUGACGCGGCAGGUGAUGCGGCAGGCCGUCACGGCGCGCAGGCUCGCCAAGAGCCCGCCGGCCCCCUCGCCCUCCAAGAGGCCCAAGCGGGCGGCGCCGCAGGUCGCCCCGAAGGAGCUGGUGCGGCUGGCGAACAAGCAGCUCAAGACCGUCCGCGGCAUUCUGGACGGCACGGAGCGCCCGUUCCCGGGGCCCUGCGGAGUGGAGAGGCCGGUCGCCGAUGUGGUGAAGUUCGUCAAGAAGGCGCACAACGCGUGGUUGGCGCAGCUCCAGCAGCGCAACAACGUUGCCGCGUUGCAAGGGAUGAUUGGAGCCGGAGCUAUAGUCUUGGCGGGACCCAGGGGGUCUGGAAAGUCGACAGCCUUCCAAGCCGCAGCGGCCGGGGAGAUGCGGAUGGACGCAGGCUGGUGUUGUCCAGUGCCACCAUCCCGUGCAGUCGUUGUUCUUUUUCCACCCUUCUUUAAGGCCCGACACGGCACAACGCGGGAGGGUUGA